GAUACUCUACCCGGCGUGAUAAUCAAUGCUUUUACGCGCCCAUUGUUUCAGAUACCACCCUUCAAAACUCUAUCAAAACCUACUGACACCAGAAACAGUCCCUUUUACAAAUUACCCCGUGUUCUCACUCCUUUUUUGCGUCGUUUAUCGUUAAAAAAGCGUAAAUGAACCUUCCUUUCAUCCAUUACCUAACAAAGUAUUAUGACUAGAGUAAAUCUACUUACCACUUACCAAGCAACAAAAAAUUGUUCCUAUUGUUUCGCCUAAUACCUUGGCAAAACUAAUAUUGAUUUCGUCAUUGGCUUGCCAAAUGAAAUCCUAGCCACUCAUCGUAACAAACCCUAGGAGGCGAAAAGGGUAAGUUCACUAGCAAUAUCAUGGGAAGAGUACGUACAAAUAUUAAUAAAAUAUUAUUAUAUCGCGAUUGGCCUAGUGGUAAUGCAUAGAUACGUCGACGACGAUGCCGCCAACCUACCAUGCUAAACUCGCUAACUGAUUAACUUUCCCGCGGGAAAAAGAAAAGAAGAAAAGGAAUAAAAGACUGUAUCGUAAUUGGCAAAGCUGUUUUCUUCUUUUUUUUUUUUACCGGGAGAGCCAGUCAGUGUUUACAGUAGUAGCGUUAAAUUAUAAAACCCGCUGGUCCCCUCGUGUUUGGUCUCUCCAUAGCUAACUUUCUCGCUCUAAAGUCUCCAUCCCUCCCUGGUUUUUCUCCACUCUCUCACUAGGAAGAACAUCUCUCUCUUGCACUUAACUCUCUCUCUCUCUCUCUCUCUCUCUCGGACGGACUGAAACAGAUCUCCGGCAUUGACUCAAUCGUUGAGGUAAACUCCGUUUUUAAUGAAUAAUAUGAUUCUACGCCUUGUUAAUGCCCCUUUGAAGCUUUUUUAAUUAAUUCAGCUUUUUUUUUUGUUUAAUGUUUAAUUUGGUUUCUGUUAUGUUUCGGCCAAGCAACAACAGAAAGAGAAUAAAUUGGCAUUUCGCGUGGUGAUUUCAGUUUUUUUUUCCCUUGUGCCAAUUUGUUAUUGUUGAUUUUCCAUUCCAGCCCAAUUUUUUUUUAUUAUUACUGCCAUUCAAUCCUGGUUAAAUUUUUUUCACUUGAUAAACGAUUCUCUCGGCUUUCUUUUUUUGGGUUUGGUAAACAAUCUCCUUUCUUCUCUCUUUGCUCUACCUCAGAGCUACUAAGAGAGAGAGAGAGAGUUCUCUGUUUUUCCCCACAGAUCUGCCAGGGAAAUUGCUCCUAAGGGGGAUUAUGGUUUGGAAGAGGGGUUUUCAUUUUCACUAAAUCCCUAUUUUGCUGAAUUAUUUUUCGGUACUCUUUUUUUGGUGUUUCAUUUCUAUCUAGAAUUCGUCUACCUAGAGAAAUGCCUCUGGAAUUGGACAAGGAGGAGGGGAUGAAUUUCUCUCUGGGGUAGAAGAGCGGCAUCAAAGGAAGGAGCAGAAUUCAGGCAGGGAAGGGAAGGGGCGGAAAGAAGACUAAUUUUCGAGUAGUGGGUGAGAGUUCAGAGAGAGAGAGAGAGACUUACGGGGUUUUUGGAGGAGUGAUGGAUUCCGACGGGAGGCCGAUUUUCCGGGCGCCGUCGGUGAUCUACACGGACGUGCAGGGGAAUCCAGUGCAGCAGCAGCACGCGGACUGGUUGUCGGGGUUUCAAUCUCCGGCGGGUGGGGAAUUCGAGGCAUGCAAUGCGAUUGAAUUGGACAGGUGGAAGGAUAUUCCUUUCCAGUGCCUGCUGGCUCUGGCGGAGGGCACGGCUCAAGGGAUGGGAGGUGGAGCUCCUGCUGCUUCUCAAUCUCCUGCAUGGAAUACAACACACUUCAAUUUGGGAGUUCAGGAUCCAGUUCCUGCUCAGUACGACCUCAAUUUACCUCAUGAGAGCACGGAGGAGUCUUCGUCCUCGUUUGGGGGAUUCAACUUUAUGUUUGCUCCUGUAACGCCACAGAAGAUGAUGGAUGGAAACCCUGCAGCAAUGGAGAAAGGUCGUGUGAGAGUGGAGAGUGGACAUGGUUUGGCUUGUGGAGGAAGAGGAACAGCAGACAAGCAAGCUGCUGUCAGUCCACUGAACCUCGAUCUUACUUCCGAGGCUAGUAAUGUAGGUCUGGUUCCGGAUCCAGUUCCGGAUUCUUCAUCGACGGUUGGGUUGACAGCACAGGAGAAUCAGAACAGGGAGAAGGUGGACUUCAAUGCGAUCGACUUGAACAAAACACCACCGAGGAAGAAACCCAAGAGGAAGAAGCACGUACCCAAAGUUCUGGUGGAAGGCAAAAUACCCAAGGCUCCGAAGCCACAGACCCCUAAGCAGCCCAAGAGGAAGUACGAGAAGAAGAAAGAGCUGAGUCCUCCAGCUGCUGCUGGUGGUGGUGAGGUAGAGAAUCCGAACACGGAAGAGUCUGCAACGUCCAAUGCGAAUCAGAACGGUAAGAGGAAGAACAUGAAGACCGACGCAGCACCAACUUCUCCGGUGACUAAAGAAGGCACACCAAGGAUUAAGAGGAAAUACACACGGAAGGGCUCGGCAGAUAGUCCAACAAGAACAGUUGGGGAAUCAGCUGCUUCUGAAGCAAUCUCUGAAGGAAAGUCAGGAUGUACAACUCCACCUAGAGAAGCAACGGGGGAAUCUGUAGAUCCACAAGGUCCUCCUCAACCUGCCAAAAAGAGCUGUAGGAGGGUGUUAGAUUUUAAUUCAGAAGAAGCAGGAAGUCAAAGCUCUCUAAAGAAGCCAUCAUCGCCUAGUUUGGUGUCUGAGGCAGUGGCAAAAAGCCAAUCGGCAUCCAUUUCCUUUGGAGAUGGAAUUGAAGUGAGGAUGCAGAAUUCUCCCACAGGAUCUCAAUUCAACUUCGAGAAUUCUGUCAAAGAACUGCUUAAAAGUUAUGUACCCAAGGCAGGAAAUAAAGCAACCACUAAAGGAAAAGAGAUGUUAGCCACUCAGUCCUUGCAGCAGCACAGCACACCAAUUUCACUAUCAAAUGCAUCAAGCUGCAGUGGCUUAGUCAGAACUGUGACUGAGCUGGGUGAAGCAAGUGGGUCAGCAAACACAAAUUCUGGUCCGGUUAGGCAUUUUCACAAUGGGUUAUCACAAUACCAGACAUUGCCUUGGACACUAAUGCCAGAGUGUCGGAAAAAGAGGAGCGAAAAGGCACCAAAUUCAGCAGUGUCUAGCAUGCCCAUUGUCUCCCCAGCUGCCAGAAAAGUCAAUCACUUUUCUUAUUAUGAUCAUUCUCACGAAAACGGACUUCUUUCAGGGACAGUUGGAAAAGCAGAAUCUGCUGCUGGUUUUCUUCAAUAUAAACUCCACAAUUUCAGUCCACUAAAUGAGAUUGAGAGGACAACUAAAAGAAGGUCUAAAGCUCCUGUCAGGGUUCACGAUCUAUGCUCUCUUGUCACUAUCCCUCAACAUAACAACCAGCACAUUCAGAACUUAAACAGGCCCGAGGUACGUUUGGGAGCUCUAAUUGCAGGUCCUCAAGCAACCUUGAAGAAGCCAAAGAAGAAUAGUAAACGGGGUUCUCUAGGUAGCUAUGCAUCCUCAAGUACUAGUAACAAAGGGCAAAACAGGAGGAUGGUUUCAUCUAAUCAGAACCAAUUCUCAGGUUCACUGGAAAUGCUAUUCAACCAGAUGCUCAAUGUGGAUGAGUUAGCUGAGCAGUUAAAGCACCUUAACAUCAAUAGGGAAAGCCCUAACAUUACUUUUGCUCAGACGAAAGAACUAGUUCCCUACAGAGCCAGCAAAAGCAAAAAGAAGCAGAAGGCAAUGGUUAUCUACAAAGGGGAUAAUAGGAUGGUUCCAUUUGAACCGGUGAAGAGAAAGCGACCCAGGGCAAAGGUUGAAAUAGAUGACGAAACACUUAGGGUGUUUAAUCUUCUACUAAAAAGCAUAGACAGUGAAGGCAUUGAUGGGACGGAUGAAGCAAAGGCAACGUAUUGGGAAGAGGAAAGAAGGAUCUUCCGUGGGCGCACAGACUCAUUUAUAGCAAGAAUGCAUCUUGUACAAGGGGAUAGGCGCUUCUCGAGAUGGAAAGGAUCAGUUGUGGACUCAGUAAUUGGAGUGUUUCUGACCCAGAACGUUUCAGACCAUCUUUCUAGCUCUGCAUUUAUGUCAAUGGCUGCUCGAUUCCCCAUUAAGAGAAAUCAGGAGCCACAGUGGGAAGAGGGAGGGUCCAUAGUGAUCAACCCGACAGUUUCUAUGCCAGAUGAUGAAUGCUUGAACUGGGAUGAGAUGUCGAAUCAAACAAUUUCUGACCAGAUUUCCAUGACUCUCUGUGACCCUCGAUGUGAAGAAAUAGAAAUGGCAAAUGACCUGGAUCCCAAUAGAAGCACAAGCAUAAAUAUUGGCUUGGCACCUAGCAAACAGAAUUAUGAUGAAUCAGUGAUCUCUCAGAAUUCAUCUCAAAACUCAAAUUCGCCAGUCAGUCAAACUUUUGACAACAUUAGAGAGUCGUGCAUGGAGACCAACUCGCAAGAAGUGGAUACUUGCGAUGGUGGAGCCCAACUGAACAGCUUGGGUGGAGGUAGUAGUUCUUUCGUUGAGCUGCUACGGAAGGCUCAAUCUGGUUCUACCAUGUUACCAAAGGAACAAUUGACAAACCUUUCAGGAGGGAUGUUUGAGAUUGUGGAGAGUAGCGAAAAAUUUGAGAAGGAGAGGACCUCUCAGAACACAACAGGGUCGAACUUAAUUAACCAUGCCCCUCCCAAAGGUAAGGGGGUAAAAGAUUUGAAUGCUGCUAGGAGAAAGGCAAAAAGUAGAAGGGUUGGUGAUGAGAUCAAAGAUGCUGACUGGGAGGCACUCAGAAGAACCGUAUUGCCAAAUGGAAUAAACAAGGAGAGAGCAGAGAAUGCAAAGGACUCGGUGGACUGGGAAGCUGUAAGAUGUUCAGACGUUGAUGAGAUUGCCGAGACGAUCAAAGCUCGUGGAAUGAACAACAUGCUUGCAGCACGCAUGAAGGAGUUUCUUAAUAAACUGAUAACCUAUCAUGGAAGCAUAGAUCUCGAGUGGUUAAGAGAUGUCCCCCCUGACAAAGCAAAGGAGUACCUGCUAAGCUUCAACGGACUGGGGCUGAAAAGUGUGGAGUGUGUCCGGCUUUUGACGCUUCAUCACCUAGCCUUUCCAGUUGACACAAAUGUUGGGCGUAUAGCUGUCCGACUUGGAUGGGUCCCCCUGCAACCCCUGCCUGAGUCACUUCAGUUGCAUCUACUGGAAAUGUACCCUAUACUGGACACAAUUCAGAAGUAUCUAUGGCCUCGACUGUGCAAACUUGAUCAGAAAACACUGUACGAAUUGCAUUACCAACUGAUCACAUUUGGAAAGGUUUUUUGUACAAAAAGCAAGCCAAACUGUAAUGCGUGCCCAAUGAGAGGAGAAUGUAGACAUUUUGCCAGUGCAUUUGCAAGUGCAAGACUUAGCCUUCCUGGACCAGAGGAGAAGAGAAUAGUUACUGCACAACCUCAAGACCGGCCAACUUUCCCAGGCCCAGUUAUGCCAAAUGUUCAAAGAUCUAUAUUACCUCCACCAACCAUAUGUGAAGCAACUCAACCGUCAAGAUCUCAACCAUCAUCAACAGUGCCUGAACAAGAAUGUUGCCAGUCAGGGAUGUUGCACCUUCCAACAGUAAAAGCAAGAGACAACUGUGAGCCCAUCAUUGAGGAACCAUUAUCACCAGAACCACAAUGCACUCAAGCCGAAAUAGAUGACAUUGAAGAUGCCUUUUAUGAGGAUCCUGACGAAAUCCCCACUCUUAAGUUGAAUGGGGAAAUCCCUGCCAUCCCAUUUAAUGUUCAAGAGCUUGCUCAGAAUAUCGAGACAUAUAUCAAACAGAACAUGCAUCUUCGUGAAGGUGACAUUUCAUUGGACUUAGUUGCUAUGGCUACAGAGGCUACAUACAUUCCUCCCCCCAAGCUUAAAAACAUUAGCCGGCUAAGAACCGAGCACCAAGUAUAUGAACUACAUGAUACUCAUCCUCUUGUGCGAAGGUUGGAAAAGCGAGAAGCUGAUGAUCCAUCUCCAUAUCUCCUUGCAAUAUGGACCCCAGGUGAAACGGCGGAGUCUGUUGAACCACCUGAGACAAUAUGCACAUCACAGUCACAGGGAAAAUUAUGCGAUGGAGGGACAUGUCCCUCAUGCUGCAGCUUCUUGGAAGCAAGACGUCAAGUAGUUAGAGGGACUAUUCUGAUACCCUGUCGAACAGCGAUGAGAGGAAGUUUCCCACUCAACGGAACAUACUAUCAAGUGAAUGAGGUAUUUGCUGACCACGAGACUAGUGAAAAUCCAAUUGAUGUACCCAGGGAUUGGCUAUGGGAUCUACCCAGAAGAACUGUCUACUUUGGAACAUCUGUACCAACAAUAUUUAGGGGUUUGACUACUGAGCAAAUCCAACAAUGUUUCUGGAAAGGAUUUGUCUGCGUUAGAGGAUUCGACAGAGAGACGAGAGCACCGCGUCCUCUGCUGGCAAGACUGCACUUUCCAGCCAGCAAGAUGAAGGGAAAAGAAAAAGGCAAGAAUGUGGCCGACGAUGAUGAAUAGAUAGUUUCUCCGAACCAAAUCUUGACGCGAUAAUCAAACCAUGCUCGAGGACAACAAUAAGUAGCAGGGAUCACAUUCAAUGACAGAGACUCGGUUCAUAAAGAGAAGUUCGAGAAAAAAAGCCGAACGAGUUGUUGGAUUUCCCAUAAUAUGGGGUGUAGCAUUUGUGUAUACAUAGCAAAAAAAACUGUAAUUUCUCAGAGUUCCGCUCAUAUUUUGAGCAUUUUCCUUACUUCAUGUUAACUAUCCCCAAAUGUCCCUUGUGCCUUUCGUAGUUACACCUAAAACUGUUUCAAUUGUCAUCAUUCAUCAGGAUCAUAAUGGUUCAGGAGUAGCUAAUGCAUUAGCUUGCUAACAUAACUACUCCAAAGGAGCUUUUUCUUCUCCAUAUUGGAUCUUAGCAAACUCACUACUGACUUUUUCUUAGAUGAAAUCCUAAGCUGCUGGCAGCAGCGUGUUCUCCAGAUACUUACAUUUCAAUGCAGAGAAAUUACCUAAACCAGGUGUAAAAUCACUCAAACAAUACUCGGCUCAAUUGUUCUCUCUGUAUACACGUUAUUGAUCUAGUUAGAGCGCAAAGCUACAACACCUAGGCUGCAGCUGCGGCCACCAGACUUGCAUGCGAAGAAAUUACCUAAACAAGAUAUGAAUUCUCUCGGCAUAGACUACAAUCAGAUACCGAAGAAUACAAAGCGAGCAAAAUCGUCAAGCAAUCUCCGAUUACUUAGAACAACGACAAAACAACACAAAUCAUACCGAGCAUAGUAGUCAAGCAAUCUCCGACGACAUAGAACGACGAGAAAAACAGCACAAAUCACAUCAGAAACACUCGAAUAACCGGAAUCCGCAAGUUGCAUCAAUGUUUUCAUCAAACGCCCAAGGCUUUUCGCUACAUAAAUGAAGAGAGGCAGAGUUGCAGGUGGUUUGGAAACGCACCUUUCGUCCUUCGACGGCGAGCGGGCAAAGCGAAGGAGGGACUGGCUGAACGCUGAGGGGGGAGAAGAGAGGAGGUGGAGAGAUGUGCGUUUAGGCGGUUCCGCGGAUUUGCCGCUUUUCAUAAAACGUUUAGGCGCCAUUGUCAUUUCAUUUUCCCUCCUGCUUUGCGAUCUUUGUUUGAUUUUUUUGAAAUUUUGUAAACCUCGUGGGAGAGUACUGGGCUCUUCGUGGAUCUGGUGGCCUUUUACCUUGGAGAUUGGCUUUAGUUAAGCCCAUCCGACGAGAGGAGGUUGGAUCGGAUCGAUCUUAAAAUUAAAUCGAGCCUUCAAAUGUAUGAUUUUCUAGGAUUUGUGUAUUUCAGUUGACUAAUUCAUAUAAUUUUAUAGGAUGGAAAGAGUUUACCAAUAUCUUUCGUACAUGAGAGAAGUCUUUUAAAAAAAAAAUUAAUAACAACAAGUCGAUGAGUUUAAGAACGCUUGUUUCGAAAUCGAUGAUUUGGGCCGACACUUUUUCGAGGGCAAGUCUAUAUUAUUUUGGGGUUCGUAAGAGAUUUCAUAGUAAUACACUACAAAAUUGAAAUGACCGGUUGGAACCCACAAAUUUAGGAGGUGUAGAUACACAAAAUAUCAUGAAAUAUGUCAAUAACUAUACAGAACACAGGAAGUUAUAAAUGCAUAAUCUUAAUGGUAAAAUCAUUUAGUCUUUGCAAGAUGAUGUAGAUCAAAAUUUGAUAAAUUAACUGUUAAAUCCUCGAAACAUGCUAUAAUUUGUUACUCAUUCUCUCCUAAUACCUAUGUAUCUUUUUUUCCUUUGAGGAGAAACUACCUUUGUUUCGUUUAGCACUGCUAUAAAGAAUGUAAAUAUACAUAAUUAAAAUAACUAGAAAAACCGAAAGGAGACAACAUAAACCGGAUACGAAGAGUCAUCUUGGCAUCACAAUCAACUUCUCUACCACCAAAAAAUCGUUUAUAAUCAAUAGGGCAGUGUCGC